AUGCCCAGCUUCUCACGAGAGGACCACAAGUACCUUCAGGAGCCUUUCUCCAGGUCAUCCAUGCAGAGAUUUCUGCCCCUGUUUAGGGCACAGGGACGCUAUGCAAACAUUCACCAAGCCGCCAGCAGUAAAGGGGACCUACAAGCCAUGCCUGACUUGGAACAGAUGGGACCCGAAAGCGUGGAGAUGCGCAAGAGGCAGACGCCCGCCGCCGCCGCCGCCUCGCGGGACGCUGCAGGGGGCGCCAGCGCGGCCGCGCCGGGAGCUGGGAGUCGCGGCUCCAACGCCUGCUGCUUCUGCUGGUGUUGCUGUUGUAGCUGUUCGUGCCUCACAGUUAGAAACCAAGAAGAGCAGAGACCCACGAGAGCUGCCCACGAACUCAGAAUAAGCUUCCCAGCCUGUGAAGAGAGCCCAGCCCCCACUCUGGAGGAGGUCAGCGCUUGGGCACAGUCUUUCGACAGCCUGAUGGCCACACCUGCGGGAAGAAACGCUUUCCGGGAAUUCCUGCGCACAGAGUUCAGUGAGGAAAAUAUGCUCUUCUGGAUGGCCUGUGAGGAACUCAAGAAGGAGGCUAAUAAAAACGUCAUUGAAGAGAAAGCAAGGAUCAUAUAUGAAGACUACAUUUCUAUUCUUUCUCCGAAAGAGGUGAGCUUGGACUCACGAGUAAGGGACACCAUCAACAGCAACAUGGGUGAGCCGUCUGCGCACACGUUCGAUGAUGCCCAGCUGCAGAUCUACACCCUCAUGCACAGAGACUCGUACCCCCGGUUCAUGAGCUCCACCGUCUACAAGGACUUGCUUCAGUCCUUAACUGAGAAAGCAGCUGAGGCGUAG